CUUGCUCUCGCUUUUCUUUUGAUUUCUGUUUGUAAUGGAUGUCUGAGGAUUGAUCAUCAUGCCUGUGAUGAAAGGGCUCCUGGCCCCUCAGAACACCUUUCUUGACACCAUUGCCAAGCGUUUUGAUGGCACACACAGUAAUUUCUUGCUGGGAAAUGCUCAGGGGAGUCGAGGGUACCCAAUUGUGUACUGUUCAGACGGGUUCUGCGAGCUCACUGGGUUUGCACGCACUGAGGUAAUGAAGACGACAUGUACAUGUCACUUCCUGCAUGGCCAGGAAACAAGUGAGAGAGUUGCUCAGCAGGUGGAGAAAACCUUGGAAGGACAGAGAGAGUUCCAGGCAGAGGUCCGCUAUUACAGGAAAAAUGGUACCCCAUUCUGGUGUCUGCUGGACAUUGUGCCUAUUAAAAAUGAGAAAGGAGAAGUGGUUCUUUUUCUCUUGUCCUUCAAAAAUAUCACUGAAUCAUAUGGGAAAUCACAUUCCAGCUCCACCACAGAAGUUUUGACAGAAGAUGGUACUCAAAACAGGAAGUCUGGUCGAACACAUUUGAGUCAAGCUCGUGAGCAUGGACGAAGCGUUCUGUACAACCUUACCUGUCAGUUCACCAACAGGAGCAAAAGGAAGCUGCCAAAUCAUGUUUUUUCACAGCCAACACUCCCAGAGUACAAAGUGGCAUCGGUGCAGAAGUCCCACUUCAUCUUGCUUCAUUACAGUGUAUGCAAAGCAGUAUGGGAUUGGUUGAUCCUCCUUGCAACAUUCUAUGUGGCUGUUACUGUCCCCUACAAUGUCUGUUUCUCCACCCCUGAUGACAGUGAACAUGACACCCUGGACUGUGACUCCACCUCCAGAACCACUAUUGUCAGCGACAUAGCUGUGGAGAUGCUCUUCAUUCUUGAUAUCAUUCUGAAUUUCCGAACCACCUACGUUGGACCUGCAGGCCAGGUGGUUUAUGAUUCUCGCUCGAUUUGUCUGCACUACUGUACGACAUGGUUCAUUCUGGACCUCAUCGCUGCCCUGCCAUUUGACCUGCUCUACUUAUUCAACAUCUCUGUUACUUCUCUCGUCCACUUAUUGAAGACAGUGCGUUUGCUGCGUCUCCUGCGCUUGCUGCAGAAGCUGGAUGGUUAUUCUCAGUACAGUGCUGUGGUUCUUACCCUACUAAUGUCUGUAUUUGCCCUGUUGGCACAUUGGUUGGCCUGCGUUUGGUACGUCAUUGGACGCAAAGAGCUUGCCAACAAUGAUCCUCUCACAUGGGACAUUGGUUGGCUGCAAGAGUUGGGGAAGCGUCUGGAGACUCCCUACACAAAUGGUACUGUUGGCGGCCCGUCGUUGCGCAGUGCCUACAUUGCUUCGCUCUACUUCACAUUGAGCAGUCUGACUAGCGUUGGAUUCGGAAACGUGUGUGCCAACACAGAUGCUGAGAAGAUCUUCUCCAUCUGUACCAUGCUUAUUGGGGCCUUGAUGCAUGCAGUGGUAUUUGGAAACGUGACAGCAAUCAUCCAGCGCAUGUACUCUCGCCGUUCGCUCUACCACACGCGCAUGAAAGAUCUGAAGGACUUCAUCCGUGUGCAUCGCCUGCCCCAACUGCUGAAACAGCGCAUGUUGGAGUACUUCCAGACCACCUGGUCUGUCAACAAUGGCAUCAAUGCCAACGAGCUUUUACAUGACUUCCCAGACGAGCUGCGGGCGGACAUCGCCAUGCACCUGAACAAAGACAUCCUUCAGCUGCCACUCUUCUCUUCGGCCAGUAGGGGGUGUCUGCGUUCCCUCUCCUUACACAUUAAGACAUCGUUCUGCGCACCGGGCGAGUACCUCAUUCGCCACGGAGACGCCCUGCAUGCUCAACACUUUGUCUGCUCUGGAUCACUAGAAGUGCUCAAGGACGGCAUGGUACUUGCCAUAUUGGGUAAAGGAGACCUGAUUGGUGCAGACCUACCCGGGAGGGAUCAGGUGAUCAAGGCUAAUGCAGAUGUGAAGGCUCUGACCUACUGUGACCUGCAGUACAUCAGUGUAAGAGCUCUACAGGAAGUAUUGGAACUCUACCCAGAAUAUGGCAGCCGCUUCAAUAAGGAUAUACAUCACAACCUCACCUACAACCUCAGAGAGGGCCAGAGCAGAUUCUCUCGCUCAACCCGAAUCCCACAGGAACGAUUCGAUGACUCUAAGCUCCCCUUCAUUGUGGAAGCAGAUCAAGAGGAGGAAACUGGACUGGAUGUGGGCAGGAAGCCCCUGCUCACAGGGUUGGGUGGUCCUUCAUCUCAGUCUAAUUUGAGUGCCAUGUUGGGGGAGGAGUUCCGACACCUUAGCAUGCUCUGUCUGUGCAGAUCUCCCAUUCAAAGCUCACGAGUACAAAGCCCCUCUCAGAUGCCACUUAAUGACGAGCUCUCACCUGGUGCAGUGCCUGCCCCAAGAACAGACAAGAGCUCCUGCCAUAGGCCAACCAAACUACUCAUCCCCACCCUCAACUGUGUCAGCCCACUGGACCUGAGUCCCAGGGUUGUUGAUGGCAUUGAAGAUAACGAACAUGCAUUUCAUUUCAAUGUUGAGCAUAGUGAGCUGUCCCAUAAUACAGAGGUCAAAGACCCAUUUCAAGUUGGGGCAAACCUUCUCCUUGAGACAGAGGAAGUUAGACAGAGUCUCCGUCAACUCAAUGCAGAGAUGAACCACCUGAACCAGGAAGUGUCCUCACUGACCAAGGAGCUACAUGAAAUGAUGCAAUUCCUACAUACCCAUCUGACCCCACCUCACUUCACUUCCUCUUUUACUCCCUUCAGCUCUUUCAACUGUCACACGUCAUCCAGCUGCACCAAUGUGGCCUCCUCUACUACUGACUGGCCCUCUCGGUUGGCCUUCAACGUGUCUGCUGGUCCCUGCAUACAACCAGAUCCCUCCCAAAGAGAUUCUUUAGGAUCCAGGCACACAUGCAUUUGCAGUGGAAGUCAUGCCCAGGAAAGAGGUUCUGUCUUGGGGCAAGAAGGGGACCUAGAGAUCCUCAAUCAAGCCCCUAGCCCUCACUCAGUCUACACCCAUUUUCCAUACUGCCCUGAUCAGGAAAGGCUUGCCACCUUAGGCAUUGAUAGCCAGCCAGUACCAUAUCAGACUGCUAAAACCACACCCAAUUCCCCUUAUCUUGGACACCAGGUUCACUGUAGUGGGAGGUCUCUACUGGGCUUGGCUUCAGCGUUCCCCUCCAGUGGAUUGGUACCUCAGAUAAGGAGUGGAGGUUCCACCAUCACUCCUAGCAACACAUUGUCUCUGUGCACGCACAGCAUCCAAAGUCAGUCCCAUCAGAGCAUACAAAUGACCUCUGAUCUGACAGCAUGCCAGCAUUCCAGGGCAACCACACCCAUCCAUUCGUCCAUUACACCGACAGGCCCAUCAGAUCCCCUCACAGCUGUCAGUUCGCUUAUGCAUGCUGGGAUUUGUAGUUCUAGCUUACUACAUUUCCCUAGUGGCCCAAGACAGAAUGACCUGGUGGGGUCAAGUCCUGUCCACAAAUUUGGGCUCAUCGUAUCAUCCACUGGAAAAAAUGACAAACAGGGGAAGCAUAGACCUUCAGAGAAAUGAGCCAUCAUGAUAUGAGUGAUGGACAUACUGAGAAGAGUACACAUAUCUCACAUACGCUUUGUUUGAUGCAUGGAUAAUGCCCUAAUUUAAGACAAGCACAAUGCAUUGUGUGAGCUAUAUAUAUGGGGUAUGUUAGAUAACACUGCACGAUAUGUGCACGACAGGACUUAAGUCUGUAUGAGUCAUACCCUUAAUUGCAUUUAGGUUAAAUCUGUUCCCACUGGCUAAUUUUAUUUUAAAUUGGCAGUUCCACUGUGUAGGUUUUGUAUAAGAUAUUGUUCCUCAGGACUGAG